GACAUGUGCGUAGUGUGAACGAGCCUUGCACAAUAUAAACGUCUAGUUUUCGAAGUAGCGCCUGUUUACACAAACGUCAAAUCGUUUCAUUGAUAGUUUUGUGUUGACGACGGUACAUGUGUUUUUUUUUUGGGCCGAUAAAAAAAUCCGACAUAAAAUCGAAAAUGUCUAGUGAACAGGAGCUAAUUUCGGAUCAAGGUCUACGGUUGGAUGGUCGACGAGCCAACGAACUUCGACGCAUUCAGUAUAAAUUAGGUGUUUUCACACAGCCCGACGGAAGUGCAUAUUUGGAACAGGGAAAUACCAAAGUCUUGGUUGCAGUGUACGGGCCGCACAAACAAACCAAACAGAAUGAUGACUUUGUAUUGAAUUGCCAGUACAGUAUGGCUACAUUUUCGACCAGUGAACGAAAGAAUCGACCGCGCGGUGAUCGUAAAUCGGAGGAGAUGGCCAUUCAUUUGAAACAAUCGCUGUCCGCAGCUAUUAUGAUUGAAUUGUACGAGCGUUCCCAGAUCGAUGUAUUCGUUGAAAUUCUUGAGGCUGAUGGCGGAGCCUACUGUGCAUCGGUAAAUGCAGCCACAUUGGCUCUGGUCGAUGCCGGCAUUUGUUUGCGUGAAUACGUUUGUGCAUGUACUGCAUCGAUUGCCAACGGUGAUAUUCCAUUGUUAGAUGUUUCUCACAUUGAAGAAGUCUCGGGCGGUCCAACACUGUGCAUAUCAGCGCUGCCAAUGUCCGAAAAAGUGGCUCUACUCGAAAUGUCACAACGUUUUCAUCUGGAUCAUCUGCCAAAGGUGCUGAAAACAGCCAUGGAUGGUUGCAAAGAGAUCCAAAAAAUCAUCGAUAAAGCCGUGCGCGAGUAUUCGGCAGCCGUCGGUGCGGCUAGCGAUUGGGGACUUGGUAGCAACUAAGCGUUUCAAUGGGAGUUUAAGUGAAAUAGCAUAAGCAAUUUUGAACAAGAAAAAAAUUCAAUAAAACAAUUAUUUUCGUAAUAAA